UGUAUGGGUCUCUUGCUCAUCAUUAGUCUGGUAGGUUGAAUCUUUCGCAUUUCGUUGCUAGUUCUAACCCCGGGAAAAGGAGAUAAUAAUCGGAGACCGGGCAUGUGGGGAUAGUAUCCGUCUGGAAACAGAUGCCCCCACCGGCUGCCGCGGACUUAAGCGGGCAUACACGUCAUGGGAGUCAACAUCUUCAGCAAUUCUGCGAUUAAUAUAGCGAAUCAUACCAGCCUGAACUUCAAUGUCCUCCGGCAGCAUGUCCUGAUUUUCGGAGGCACCUCCGGCAUAGGCCUGGGUGUGGCCAAGCUUUCACUAGCCGCAUCAGCCAAAGUCACUGUGUCUUCAUCCUCAAGCAAACGCAUUGAAUCCACCGUCCAGGAUCUCAAGUCGGAAUUCCCAAAUGCCCAGCUCCAAGGACACGUCUGCGAUCUUUCCAAAGACACGAUCGAAGAAGACCUCGAAGCGCUAUUCCAAAAGACCAGCCAAGUUGAUCACAUUGUUUUCACCGCGACUGAUGCGCCAGCCAUCAUGCCCGUGCAAGAAAUCACUCGGGAGAAGCUCAUCGCUGCCGGUCAAGUGCGCUUUUUCGCGGCCGUACUCGUCGCCAAGAUUGCCUCUCGAUACCUCUCCCCGGCUGGAUACUUAGGUGGUACUUGCAGUGUUGCGUGUAAUCUAGCGGUAGAUUUGAAGCCAAUACGUGUUAACGCUGUGAGUCCUGGACUGGAGCAAGAAAAGAUAUGCCAGUUUUCCGCAGCGAAAAAUCCAACGGGAAGAAUCGCUCAGCCGGAAGAAGUGGCAGAGGCUUAUCUAUAUCUGAUGAAGGAUACGAACAUUACCGGGCGGAUAGUGAGUACGGAUUCGGGUGCUUCACUUGUUUAAACAUGUUUAAAUACAUAAGCAUCACUCCCUUGGAGAAGAAAAUACAUCAUCUCGAG